AUGAGCUCUCCCUUAGUCCGAAAUCCUUUACCUACCUGUCAUACACUUCUUAAUAUUGAUAUUAGUCAGAAGCAGCGAGAUAUGGCGAUGCAAGAGGUAUUAAAAAUGCAGUCAGGGGAUAUGACCAUUGAAUGGAGCUACAUACCAUCCAAGGACCUGCCAGGAGUUAUUCUUCACGAUAGAUUGAUGACGGACGCCGCUUUGGGAACCAGACCUAUUAAGACAGAACAUUCUUACAGUCUUACAUCAGAUGGAGAUAGUUUACCAGAUUCACCUACUUCACACCACAAAGUCGAUGAAAUGGAUGAUGAAUGUUUCCCAGUAAUUUCAAUGAAGAACGCAUGCAAUAAUCUCCAACACGAUCCUUUAAAUAUCAAAGAUGAACCAGCUAGUGAGACAGACAGCAAUCAUUCGUCCUGCCCUUCAUCACCACAGUCUAUUUACGUAAACGCCAGUGACGUACUAUUAGAUGUAGAAAUGUCUCCCUCCCACGAAGCCCAUACAGCUCUAUUCAAAACAGCGACAACCACCCUCAAAACAUCCCCUCACACAGUAAUUCCCCAAAGAAUACAGUUACCUAUACAAAAAGCGAAUUCUGUUAUCAAAAUCGAACAAACAGCUUUCCAUAAUCUACCUCCAACGCCACCGUCUUGCAGUAGCAGCGAAGAUAGCGAAGACAAUGCGACCAUUUCACAACCAAGCUCACCUGCCGCCAGAAAAACAGCACGCCUCUUGUUGAAUCAACCUUCCACCAGACAGCCUAUCAAUACUCCGCUCAUCAGCAGUCAGCCAAAGGGCUCAACUGGCACUCUAGUCCUUACAGAAGAAGAAAAAAGGACGUUAAUUGCUGAAGGUUACCCAGUUCCUACCCGCCUACCACUUACAAAAUCAGAAGAAAAAUCAUUGAAGAAAAUAAGGAGAAAAAUCAAGAAUAAGAUAUCUGCGCAAGAAAGUAGACGAAAAAAGAAAGAAUAUAUGGAUCAACUAGAAAGAAAAGUCGAGCAUCUCGUCACCGAAAACAACAACUAUAGACAAAAGAUUGACUUUUUAGAAGAUUCAAACACUAACCUGCUUACACAGCUGCAGAAGCUACAAUCCAUAGUGGCAAGGACCCACCCCCAAAUUAUUAAGCAACUAAAGCAAAGUCAUUAA